AUGAGGCAUAAAGAUGCGGAUAACCAACUUAAAGUGGCUGACUGUCUUGAAAAGUUAGCUGAAAUUGGUCGCGAGAUUGAGGAUCACAAACAAGCUACAGCUGAUUUGUUGGAGUGUCUCGAAUUGCGCAAAAAGUAUGCUCCGGAGAAUGAACGCCUCAUCGCUGAAACUCAUUUUCAACUUGCAGUUACAUAUUCGCUGGAAAAUAACUUCAAAUUAACGGAUGCGUCAUUUAUCCAAGCCCUUCAACACCUCGAGAAUCAUAAGUCAAAACUUUUGGCUCUGCUUGAUGUCCACAAUAGGGAGUCUGAUAGUGACAAGUGUGAGCUCCAUCGGUUAGAAGUAGAAUUAAAGGAGGUGAGUGGGCUAAUUGCUGAAGUGGGCGAGCGCCAAAAGGAGAAUGCCGAAUCCAUGCAGCAAACUGGUACUGAUGUCCCGUCAGUAGAAAACGUUCAAGAGAAAACUCUUCCCGUCGAUGAUAUUAGUCAUCUGAUCAAGAAAAAGAGACCUGUUGCAGAUGCAUCUAAGGCGGAUGAUGAACAGGUAUCUAAAAAGACUAAAUUAGAUGCCGUUUCUAUCUCAACACCCAAACCAGGUUGA